ACUGCGUGGAAACCGUAAGUUGUUGCCCCGACUGCAAUUGGUUACAGCUAAAAGCAGAGUUCAGCCAUCAACAGUUCAGGUAUGUGUGUGUGCGUGUGUGUGUGUAUCCAUUCAUACUUAUUUAUCUUUAUGUGGUGUAUGUAUGUGUGUAUCCAUAUAAACGCAUUUUUUUCUCUCUUAGUGUGUGAUUCUCGGUGUUAAUUUUCCUAAUUUAUGUGAAUUUUUAUUUUUUCAAAUUUCUCUUUUUUGUUACUUGAGGAAUCCGGACGUUCAUGAUUUAUAUUUGAAUCUUUUAUAUCAACUGAGAUGAAAAGAUUGAAUAAAAAAAUCGUAUUGGAAAAUUUAGCUAGAAAAAAAGGUCUUUUUUCCCCAAAUUCAAUAGUAUAGUGGCAGCUGAAUUUGACUUUAAGUAAAAUUCACAUGGGUCUUUUAUAAUAUUAAUUUCUUUGCACAUUGAAUCAUGUAUAUGUCGUAAUUUAUGCAAAACACGAUAGUACCACUGCAAUUAGUUUUGGCAAAGAAAUUGGAUUGUUGAUCUUCUUUCCACAAUUUGGCAGAUAUGAGAAAAUGAGCUCUAAAUACCUGUAAUGUGCAUAUUGUUUCGACUACCAAUAAGACGCAAUUUUUAUAAUAGGAGUUAAUCCAAUAUUUCUGUUAAUCAGCUCUUGGAGCACAAGGUAAUUUGUGGAGGGCAGUCGGAAAAAGUUUUAAUGUCUGUUGUUGCUGGAUAAAUAGAUUGUGAUUACUCUUAGUCAGCCGUUUUUACACAAGAGCAAUAACAAUGCCUCAUUGCCUUGUUUGUUUUCGUGACAAAUUGGAAGGUCGGUGUAUAUGGUGCAAUCUGGGCUAGAAGUAGAUUGCAUAGAACAAAGUGAGAAUAAAAGAAAGAAAAUAAAACAAAAGAGAAGAUGGGGAAGCUGUUAAUCAAUCAAACACAAACAUGGGCAAGGUACACGGUUCGUUGGCUCGUGAGAAGACAGACUCCCAAGGUGGCGAAGCAGGAGUGCAAGACCAGAAGAAGAAGCCUUGUGGCCACACCCACAAGCAUAUGCAGUACAACGGCCGUUUUGUUAGCGUUAAUGUUGACUUCGGGAAGAAGAGGGGACCAAACUCAUCUGAGAAGUAAAGCGGAUCGGACUCAUAUGUGUAGUUUCUGGAUGUGAAUAAGUAUUUUGCUUUUGUUUUUGUUUUAAUUAUGUUGUAGUGAUUGCUAGUUACCAGAUAAAAUACUUUUGUGGCAGCAGUUGUGCUGAGGCUGUUUUGAAUUUAUGUACUGCUCAAUGUUGCGUAUAAUCAAGUUGAAUUAAUUUAAUUUGAGUUAAAAAAAAAUAUGUGGUAAUGUGGUGUUGAGACGCCACACUUCGUCUC